GCGUCGGCGAGGGCGGGGCGUCUCCGAGCUCUGGUUCUCCGGGUGGGAGAGAGGCUCGAGCAGGAAGGACGCGGCCGGCCACGCCGCCGACCCCUCCGCCGCACCAGCCAGGCAGCCCGCUGCACCCCCUCGGAGCAUGGCCCCUCGCUGACAGGGCUGGCCGAAGUUUGACGCAGAGCGAGCCGGAGGAACUUCUCCCUGGGUCAAAUGGCGACUGCAAACAAGGGCACCAAGUCCAAAGUGGGAGGUGUCCGCUUCGCCCCGCCUCAACCGGCAGAGGGGAGUUCCAGCCAUGUUCACUUUGACGAAAAGCUCCACGACUCCGUGGUCAUGGUCACCCAGGAGAAAGAUGGCAGUUUCUUGGUGAAGGUUGGGUUCUUGAAGAUCCUGCACAAGUACGAGAUCACCUUCCACCUGCCCUUUGUGCAGCGGCUGGGGCAGGAUGUCUGUGCUGCUCAGCUGGCCAACCUGAAUCUCCGCGUGACCAGCAUAGCGCCUGCAAGGGAAGGUUACAACAUCAAAUGCGAGUACACCGCCCACAAAGAAGGGGUCCUCCGGGAGGAGAUGGUGCUGCACAGCCAGACCAACGACAAAGUCUCCAUCAAGGUGGUCGUGCAAGCCAGGGUGAUGGACCGCCACCACGGCACCCCCAUGCUGCUGGAAGGGGUCAAGUGUAUCGGAGCCGAGGCGGAGUACGACUCAGAGCAGAGUGAGUGGCACGGCUUCGACUAGGCCUGCCCCCCAACCCACCGCCUCCUCUUCCUCCUCCUCCUCUUCUUCGAACCCCACUCGUCCUUCAAAGGCUUUUCUAUGUAUAAAUAUUUUCCGGUUAUAAAGAGCUUGAAACGAGAAUGCCCAUCCCAACCGUUCGCUGGCUGCCUGACGCAGAUUGUGCUUGUUUUGUGCCCGCCCCCAUGGCGCUUGUCUUGUGGGUUUUUGGGGGUGCUGCGCUUAAUCCCAUCCCCCACCCUCCCGCCGGUUUCGAAAAGGCGGGUUCUGUGGCUUAAGGCGAGAGCCGUCUCUCCGGCCUUCAAACUGCGUCUGUGGAUGUGUGGCUUUUUGUCCAAAAGACCGUGCGCACCCCAGUUUUUGCAAGCGGGUGCACAUGCGUGGGGGACCCCCAGAGACCAGUUGUGUGUGUGUUGAUUUUCCUCCAGGUUUUAGCAUUGUCUCGCUGCCUGCAAAAGCGUUUCCCGCAGCCGCCCUUUUGCAAGCCUCAGUUUCCCAAGGGUUGCGCAGCGGCCGAGCGCAUCAGCAGCCAUCUCUAAACAGCCAGCAACUGGCUGCUCCCAAACAGCUGCUUCGGCUGGCUGUUCGGAGGAAAUCUGUGUUCCUUCAGGCAUUCAGAUAACUUAAGGUUUCGCUGCCUUGCUGUAGAUAGGUCAGGGUUACUUCUUAGAGAGCCUUUGCCAAGCCAGCACCCUCUUGACCGCAACUCCCAGCUGAUGGGAAUUCUAGUCCAAAACAUCUGGAGAGCGCUGGCUUGGCGAGGCUGACUUAGGGCUGCAUCAGUUGCUGGGGACCAAUUUUACACAGCCCCCCUGCCUUUGGGUUGGGUGCUCUUAUUUUCUUUCGCCUCCCACUUCCCUGUCCUCAGGGCAAACAAGCCUUCAAGGCGGUACUUUCCUGGGAAGGUUCCCCCAGGCAGAUCAGCUUCUGGCAGAGCCAAACAAGGCAGCCCAUUGUUUCUGCUUGGAACGGUAAAGGUGGGAGAGUCCCCAAAGGUGAAAAAGUUGCCCGGUUGCCCUGCAAGAGUGUGUCUCUCCCCCCACAAAAAAACUCCUGUUUCUGCUUAGCUGUAGCCUGAGAAGGUUUGUUCCUUCCCAAGGCUUGAACCCUCC